AUGGACCGCAGCUACUACCCAGGCGCCUCCGCGCACACCGAGCCUCGCCGGGACAGCGUCAACUCCAGUGCCACUUACUUCUCGUCGUCAGCAGCCAGUCCUCAAAAGUCGCUGAAGGCCUCCCACGUCCAACAUACAUCACCCAAGUCAACUCUGUCACAGCACGCUUCCGCCAAUCACAAACCUCCUCCUGCCCGCGUGCACUUUGACUUACACAUGUCUGCCCAUCGAGACAGUUGCCCGGACACCAAAUCUACCAGUAUGACCGAGUCCGGCCUCUGGACAUUACCUGGGUUCGAUGAUGAAGAGACCAAGUCAGAAGCUACAAGCAGCCAACCGCAACACCAGCCAGAGAACCGCUGGGCGAGGAUGCUACAGAGCGCCGCAUCCUCCAACCGCCAACGCCACCGCGCCCGUCUUGAGCGCGAAGGCUGGGCUUUCAUCGGUGGGCGAUACAGCGACGACAUGCACGCGCUGAGCGACGAGAGUGGCGAGAGUGUGGACGAGGAGUUUGACGUUGUCGUCCUGCCGAGGGAGUGUGUUGGGUGUUGA